ACUUCAGACAGCAUUAGAAUAUCCACACAAUCCAACAUCAUUGAGCUUGAACCUGUUUUCAGACUUUACAUUGAAGUAUAAAGUGACCAAGAUUGCCAAAAAAUGGAGAUAGAACAAAAAGUCAUCUCAAUCGUAUUACUCAUCUACGUAUUGGUUGCAAUGGUUGCCUGUAGUUAUAACAUUGACCUACUACAACCAACUGGCAAAAAAAUUGGAGGGGUUCCUGCUUCCGAGGCCGCGGUACAAGCAGAUCUACCCGCACUCAACAGUCUGAAAGCGUGCUAUGAGCAAGUCGGUCAAAACACAGGUAUCCCAGCAGCAGUGAUUGCUGCUAUUGCUAGCCGAGAAACUCGAGGAGGUGCAACUAUAGCAAGUAAGAGCGGCUGGAGUAGCGACAACAGAUAUUAUGGUAUCCUUCAGUGUAACAUCCGGAUACAUUGUGACCUUGAAUCCACUUCCGUUCCCUGGAACAGCUGUGAUCACAUUCAGAUGAUCAUCAGUAAAGUCCUCCUGCCCUACAUAGCCAAGGUGAAAGCCACACAUCCUAACUGGACUCCAGAAAAAAUUCUUCAAGGUGGGGUCGCUGCCUACAACUUUGGCGUUAGUAAUGUCCACACCUGGACGGGGAUUGAUGUGGGCACCACUGGAGGUGACUACAGCAAUGACGUCAUGGCCAGAGCUCAGUGGCUUAAAAGAAACGGCUGGUGAUUUAGAUUAUGGGUUGGUGUUUAAGAUUAACGGCUGGUGAUUAAAAUUAAGGCUCGUGAUUAAGAUUAAUGGCUCGUGAUUAAGAUUAAUGGCUCGUGAUUAAGAUUAACUGCUGGUGAUUAAGAUUAACGACUGGUGAUUAAUUUUGAUAGUUGGUGAUUGAUUUCAUUGGUAAUUAUUUUUAAUGGCCAGUAAUUAACUUUAAAAGCUUCCGUCAAGAAAGGAAACAAAUAAAGAUAAAU